AUGCCUUUCCUCUUCCCAAAGCCUGCAGACUCCCCAGGCUCGGCCUUGCCAGCGAUCGCGAUAGGAUGUUUUGUUGCCUUUGGCGGUGUUUUGUUUGGCUAUGAUACGGGUACCAUAGGCGGCAUAUUGGCCAUGAAAUACUGGAGAAAUCUCUUUUCGACCGGAUAUGUCAACCCGAAAGAUCAUUACCCCGAUGUGACGGCGAGCCAAACAUCGGAGAUUGUCUCCAUCUUGUCGGCGGGCACUUUCUUCGGCGCACUGUUCAGUGCUCCAAUCGCUGAUAUCCUGGGUCGUCGACUGGCCAUGAUCUUCAACACUGUCGUGUUUACCUUUGGCGUCAUCCUUCAGACUGCUGCCACUGCAAUCCCAAUGUUCGUCGCCGGCCGUUUCUUCGCCGGCCUGGGUGUUGGGCUCCUAAGCGCCACAAUUCCACUGUAUCAGUCAGAGACAGCGCCGAAAUGGAUCAGAGGAGCCAUUGUCGGUUGUUAUCAAUGGGCUAUCACGAUCGGUCUCUUCCUCGCGGCCAUUGUCCUUAACGCCACCAAAAACCGCAAUGAUACCGGGUCCUAUCGGAUCCCCGUCGCUGUCCAGUUCGCGUGGGCCAUUAUUUUGGUUGUUGGAAUGUUGAUCCUCCCUGAAACACCGCGUUUCUUGAUCAAGAAAGGAAAUGGUGAGAAGGCUGCGAAGUCUCUCGCCCGUCUACGAAGGCUUCCGCCAGACCACCCUGCUAUCCGUGAGGAGCUCGCCGAGAUUAUUGCCAACCACGAGUAUGAGAUGGCCAUUGGAACAGCCUCCUACCUCGCCUGCUUCAAAGCGCCUAUCAGGAAGCGACUCUUUACUGGCAUGGCUCUCCAGGCCCUUCAACAGCUCACGGGUGUCAACUUUAUUUUUUACUAUGGCACGACUUACUUCACCAGUGCUGGGAUACACAACCCGUUCAUCAUCUCGGUCAUCACGGACGUCGUCAACGUCUGCAGUACUGUUCCCGGUCUAUGGAUGGUCGAGCGUUGGGGGAGACGCCCGCUGCUUCUCUUCGGUGCAAUCGGCAUGUCGGUUUGUCAACUUAUCGUUGCAAGCGUAGGCACUGCCAGACCUGGUGAGCCGGCAGCCAGCAAUGCCUUGAUCGCCUUCGUCUGCAUCUACAUUUUCUUCUUCGCCUGCUCGUGGGGCCCUUGCGCCUGGGUCGUUACAGGUGAAAUCUUCCCCCUGAAAGCCCGAGCGAAGGGCUUGUCCAUGACCACCGCCUCAAACUGGUUGCUCAAUUGGGCCAUCGCCUACGCUACGCCAUACAUGGUAAACCCAGGUCCCGGCAAUGCGAAUCUUGGAUCCAAGGUGUUCUUCGUCUGGGGUGGAUUCUGUUGCAUUUGCUGCGCGUUCGUGUAUUUCUUCAUCUACGAGACAAAGGGCUUGACUCUCGAGCAAGUCGACGAGCUCUACGCCAAGAUCGGCUCCGCUAGAAAGUCACCUGGCUUUGUUCCAACUGUCAGCUUCACAGAAGUAAAGGAUAUGGGUGCAACGGAGGCGCGUCGGAGCACCUUGGCAGAUCUCGAGCAAGCUGCUGUUCGCAGGAAGAGCUCGGCUGGUGUUCAUGAGGAGUAUGUGAAGGCUUGA